GAUGUUUCUUUAAUGGUGGGCGGGGUUUCGGCUGAGAUGCGGAUUCGCCGACAUCCAGAGGGUGGGCUCUCUCUGACAGGAGGAAGAAGGCUUGUGUCUGGUAGCCGGGUUCCAACCUUAAAAAGCCGGCUGUUCUUUUGCUACUUCCUUUUUUUUUAGAAAUACGGGGACCUAUGGCUACCAAAGGAAUGAAUCUCUGCAAUGUGUGCUGCCUGCUUCUUUAUGUUAUCACGGCGGUGCUCGCGGGGCGAGAUUUCUAUCAGAUCUUGGGAGUGAGCAAGAGUGCCUCAAUCAGGGACAUAAAGAAGGCCUACAGAAAGCUGGCUCUCCAGUUACACCCCGACAGAAACCCAGACGACCCGAAAGCUCAGGACAAAUUUGCAGACUUGGGAGCAGCUUAUGAGGUACUCUCAGAUGAGGAGAAAAGGAAACAGUAUGACACAUACGGAGAAGACGGACUCAAAGAGGGUCACCACGGCUCACACAACGAUAUCUUCUCCAGCUUCUUUGGUGACUUUGGCUUCAUGUUUGGAGGCAACCGACAGCAACAGGACAGGAACAUCCCCAGAGGAAAUGACAUCACACUAGACCUGGAGGUCACGCUUGAAGAGGUGUACUCUGGGAACUUUGUGGAGGUGGUACGCGUAAAGCCUGUAGCCAAAGAAGCCCCCGGCAAGAGGAAGUGUAACUGCAGACAGGAGAUGAGGACGACACAGCUCGGACCUGGCCGCUUCCAGAUGACUCAGGAGAUGGUGUGCGAUGAGUGUCCCAAUGUAAAGUUGGUAAAUGAAGAGAGAACCCUGGAGGUAGAAAUUGAACAAGGAGUGAGAGAUGAAAUGGAGUACCCCUUCAUUGGAGAAGGGGAACCUCACAUCGACGGCGAACCUGGAGAUCUACGGUUCCGCAUCAAAGUGUUGAAACAUCCCCUGUUUGAACGCAGAGGAGAUGACCUGUAUACCAACGUCACUAUCUCCCUGGUGGAGGCUCUGAUCGGCUUUGAGAUGGACAUCGUACAUUUGGACGGACACAAGGUCCAUAUAGUGAGAGAUAAGAUCACCAAGCCUGGUGCUCGGAUGUGGAAGAAAGGAGAGGGCCUGCCAAACUUUGACAACAUCAACAUCCGAGGUUCCCUCAUCAUCACCUUCGAUGUGGAGUUUCCUCAGACGCAGCUUGACGAACCGCAGAAAGAGGGUAUUCAGAGUCUUCUGAAGCAGAGCUCUGUACAGAAGAUUUAUAAUGGACUACAAGGAUACUAACACACCAACAGACACAGCCUGGACUCAGUUAUCUGUCACACACACACACACACACACACCUUCAAUCAACCGAACCGUGCUCCAUAAUUCUGGCCAGGGUGUAUUUAUUAUUUUCAGAUUGUUCUCAGGAUGGCUGAACCUAAUUUGUUUUAUUUGAAGUGUAUAAACGGAAAGGGUGUCUUUUUUUGUUUUACUUUUCUUGUCCCCACGUUAUAUUGUAAUAGGGCCUAUAUUUGUUUUGUUAAUUUUAAAAAGCUAAUUCACUUAUUUCUAUCUGAGUGAAGAGAAACAAACACUGUCUACUAAUGUGUCAACCAGUGUACCUUUCUGGGUACAGCCCACUUCAUCUGCUGAAGGAUGAGCUGCUGACAGACUCAACAUCGGAAGAAGAAGAAGAAGAAGAAGAAGAAAAACCUUACCAACUUUUGAACAAUUCUCAACCUGUGCAAGGCCUUUUUAUUAGUUUUAUGAAUGUAACAACUUCGCCUGUUGACUGAUGAAAUAUUGUUUUGUUCUGGUCGGACUCCUGUUCAAUAAUACUUUGUAAAUAGGGAAGAACAAAAGCUCAUCUGUUUGUUGCGUUUUAGUUUUCCUAAUUUAUGUUGGCUCUUUUUAUCUGUUUAUACGUCGAAACGGGAGAAAUGUCCGCAUUGCACAACUCCCAGGUAUGCUGUGACAAGAGUUGACCUCUGCAAUGAAACGGUGAACAUUUUAAAUUUUUAUUUUGGAGGAUUUGGAGCAGCGCCACUGUAGGGACGUUUUAUUUCACACACCUGUGACACUCUCCCUGCCUGGGCUGAACAACUCAAAGGGACCUCAGGCCAUGAAGUAUCCACAUCCCCGGGGUGGUUUUAGGAUUUCACUUCUCUCUGUUUUUACUAUCGACUGCAGCGCUGCCUCCCAAUGUUAUGAGAGUGUCACGGCCUUAAGGGGAUGAUGUACUGUUGGCUGACGAUUAUGAAUAAAGAUUUCUACAGAUUCUGA